GCCCCUUCCGGCGUGCCGUACCCCGGCAGCGCCCGGCUCGAGUUUGGUGCUCGGCGGCGCCGGCACCGAGGAAAACGACCCCGGGGGAGUCCCAGAAAGCCCCGGAACGACCCCACGCCGCGGGGGAGCGGGCACGGGGAGAGGCCCGCGGGGCGGUCCGAGGGGGUGAGGGGCGCCUUCCGGGGCUCCCCGGCCUCCCCCAUGCCGCUGGGCCUGGGCAGGCGCAAGAAGGCCGCACCGCUGGUGGAGAACGAGGAGGCGGCGGGGGGUCGGGGAGGGACGCCGGGGGGAGACGGAGGGGUCGGGGGGGAGCACGGGGGUGCGGGCGGUGCCCCCCCCGCCGGCCCGCAGCCCCCCGGGCUGCCCCCGCCGCCCGCCGCGCUCCGGCCCCGGUUGGUGUUCCAUACGCAGUUGGCUCACGGCAGUCCCACGGGGCGCAUUGAGGGCUUCAGCAACGUGCGGGAGCUGUACGGGAAGAUCGCCGAGGCGUUCCGCAUCCCGCCCGGGGAGGUGAUGUUCUGCACGCUGAACACGCACAAGGUGGACAUGGAGAAGCUGCUGGGGGGGCAGAUCGGCCUCGAGGACUUCAUCUUCGCUCACACCAAAGGGCAGAGGAAGGAGGUGGAGGUGCUGAAGUCUGAGGAGGCGUUGGGGCUGACCAUCACCGACAACGGCGCCGGAUACGCCUUCAUUAAGCGGAUCAAGGAGGGCAGUGUGAUCGACCGCGUGCCGCUGAUCGGCGUCGGGGAUAUGAUUGAGGCCAUCAACGGGCGCAGCCUGGUGGGCGCGCGGCACUACGACGUGGCGCGGGCGCUGAAGGAGCUGCCCCGGGGGCGCACCUUCGCCCUACAGCUCACUGAGCCCCGAAAGGCCUUUGACAUGAUCAGCCAGCGCACGGCGGGGGGCCGGGGGGGGGGCACAGCACUGGGCAGCGGUCGGGGCACCCUGAGGCUGCGCGCCCACGGCCCCGCCACCGUGGAGGAGCAGCCCAGCGCCUUCGAGGAGCGCGCCAUCGCCAAGGUGGAUGAUCUGCUGGAGAGCUACAUGGGCAUCCGCGACACCGAGCUGGCUGCCACCAUGGUGGAGUUGGGCCGUGACGCCCGCGACCCCGACGCGCUGGCGCAGGCCCUGGACUCACAGCUCGGGGACUUCGCCUUCCCAGAUGAGUUUGUCUUCGACGUCUGGGGGGCCAUUGGGGACGCCAAGGCGGGGCGCUGCUAAAAGGGGGGGGGGCAUCCCAAAAUGCCAGGGGACGCUCAGAGCACCGGGAGCCCCCCCCACACCACCAGCGGACCCCCAAAGAUGCUGGAAGAGCCCCCCCCCCCCCCGAAUUCUGUGUGCUUCUCUUACAACACUACCCCCCCCCCCCCCCCCCACCCCCACAUAACACAGGGGACCCCAUCAGACCACUGGAGCCUCCCCCAUUUCCUGGGACCUUCCCACACAUACAUCCCUGGGACCAUAAUGCUCCCCCCCAAGGGCUUGAGGACCUCCCUCCCCCCUCAAAUAGGUUUGGGUACCCCUAAUCUCAAUAGAAGCCCCCUACCUCCCCCCCCAAAUAGUUUGGGACCAUCACAAUAGACACUGGGACCCUCUCUCAAUAUAAAUUGUGAUUCCCUCCACCCCCCCCCCACGCAGUAACCUGGGACCCCCCACAGGAUUUGGGUGCCCCAUCCCUCACAGGACCCCCUCCUUCUCCCCACAAGGAUUCUGACACCCCCAAAGUCGCCCUGGGACCCCUCCAGCAGCCCUUCUCCCCCCUCAGGCCAACCCAUCACCACUGAGCAAUCCACGCCCCUCCCCCCCAAUAUGAGUGUGGGGGCCGUUCUUCAGCCCUGUCCCUUUCCCCAGUGCUGCAGGGUGAGGAAUGAGGGUCCCCCCUUAGCACCCCCCAAAGGCUUUACUUUUUUGGGGGGGGGUGGGGGCAGACCGGAACCACCCUGUGCUCCCCCCCCCCCCCCCAACAUCUACACCAAAUCCAUUCUGGUGCCAAUCUGAGCCUGUCACACACUGUCACCCCCCCUUCCCCCCCCCCACAAUGCGCUGUGUUGUCCCCUCUCCCCGACCCCCCAUUCGCACUGACUACCUCGGGUGAGGGGGGGCAGCAGUUCUCCCCCCUGGGGGGGUCUCUGUCUCCAAAGUAUCCACUACAGCUUGAGGGGGAGGGGUGUGGGAGGGGGUCCUGGAGCUUUGGGAGGGGGGGGGUCAUGGCCCCACGCCCCCCCCCCCCCAACUCGGGGCAUAUUUUUGUAUUGUACAUGGAGAGUGACUUUAACAUUAAAUAGGGAAAAACUGGGA